AUGCCUUCGACUCGUCCAGUAUCCGAGACUUCGAAAACAGUGGUCGUCCGUGAAAAUCCAGCCGAAAAUUUAGCUGAAGAAUGGACGGAGCAAAUACAAGCCCCUCCUCAACAACCCUCAGGAAGGAAGAGUAGAAGCGGCAGCGUCCAUCACAACUCAACCCGGCCCGAAAGAGCAGAUGGCAAAGUUGAGUUGCAAGACGCAGAUUGCUACGACAAGCUUGGUUUCCGGUAUUCAACAGUUAAGAAAUGGACCAUUCUCAGUGUCAUUUUCGCUGUUCAGACCUCCAUGAACUUCAAUGCCAGCAUCUACGCCAAUGCUGUUGGUGGCAUCUCCAAUACCUUUGGCGUCAGCAAACGCGCCGCUAGGCUUGGUCAAGCGGUCAUGCUCAUCGCUUACGCUUUUGGCUGCGAACUGUGGGCACCGUGGAGUGAGGAGCUUGGACGUUGGCCUGUCUUACAGCUCUCGCUGUUCUUGGUGAAUAUCUGGCAGCUCCCCUGUGCACUUGCACCCAACUUGGGCACCAUGAUUGUCGGACGUGCUCUAGUUGGUCUCUCCUCCGCCGGUGGCUCCGUCACCCUGGGUAUGGUAGCCGACAUGUGGGAGCCAGACGACCAACAAUACGCGGUAGCAUUUAUUGUCUUCUCUUCCGUGGGCGGUAGCGCGCUUGGACCGAUAUUUGGUGGUUUCAUUCAAACAUACCUCCACUACAACUGGGUUUUCUGGAUCCAGCUCAUCUUUGGCGUAGUCGUUCAGAUCAUGCAUUUCCUCAUGGUCCCAGAAACCCGAAGCAGCAUCCUCGUCGACCGCGAAGCCAAACGCCGCCGCAAGUCAGGUGAAGACCCCAACGCUUACGGGCCUAACGAGCUGAAAGAGCAGCGGAUCUCUCCCAAAGAAGUCCUGACAAUCUGGAUCCGGCCUUUCGAAAUGUUUGUUCGCGAGCCAAUCGUACUGUGUCUGUCCCUCCUCUCCGGCUUCAGCGACGCACUGAUCUUCACUUUCCUCGAAUCCUUUACCCCGGUCUUCAAACAAUGGAACUUCACCGUCAUCACCACAGGACUAGCAUUCUGCUCCAUCGUCCUCGGUUAUGUCAUCGCCUACAUCUCCUUCUUCCCCUUCAUCCACCGCGACAGUCAAAUCCGCCGCAGAGACCCGGACGCCCUCCAACCCGAACGCCGUCUGUACUGGCUCCUCUUCCUAGCCCCAUGCUUGGCCGUCGGCCUCUUCGGCUUCGCCUGGACAUCCCUGGGCCCACCUCACGUCCACUGGAUCGCGCCACUCAGCUUCGCAACCCUGAUCGGCAUCGCAAAUUACGCCAUCUACCAAGCAACGAUCGACUAUAUGAUCGCCUCGUACGGUCCCUAUUCCGCUUCCGCCACCGGCGGGAACGGCUUCGCCCGCGAUCUGUUGGCCGGCAUUGCCGCCUUCUACGCCACGCCCAUGUACGAAAACAUCGGCCACAGGUACAAGCUGGAGUGGCCGACCACGAUCUUGGCCUUCCUGGCUAUUCUGGUGACGAUCCCAAUCUAUGUGUUUUAUUGGAAGGGCCCCGAGAUCAGGAAGAGGAGUAAAUUCGCGCAGGUGUUGGCUAGUGAUCGGAAGGCGAGGGGGGCCAGUAAGGCCAAUACCGAGGGCGGCGCGGCGAGAAGGCCGGCUGAGCAUGAUGUCUGA